AUGAUGCGUUUUAUCUCUCUUACCUUUCCCGCUCUUUGCGCCGCAGCUGCAGUCUCCAAGUCCUGCGAGAACCCGACCAAACGUGUCGAAUGGCGCGAGUUUGAUGAUGCAGCCCGUCAACAGUACACCGACGCUGUUCUGUGCCUCUCAACCAAGCCAUCUCGUCUCGGCCUGAACACCACUCUUUACGACGACUUUCCCUACGUUCACGCUCAUUUGGGCAAGCAGAUCUACUCCGUUGCCUCGUUCCUCCCCUGGCACCGAUAUUUUGUACACGUCUAUGAGGGUGCACUAAAGGAAUGCGGUUACAGAGAAUUCAUGCCCCUUCGUGAUGCAUAUACUGACAUUAACGUUCAGUUACUAGGACUAGGCCCCAAGACCGGCUUCGGCGGUAACGGUAGCCUCAACAAGGCCGAGUCUAUUUACAACGGGCGAGCUGUUCGCAAGUGUCUCGACGACGUACCGUUCAAGGACCUGGUUCCUGCCUACCUCACCACCAACUACGAUCCCCAUUGCCUGGCUCGAGGAUGGAACGAUGGAAGUGAACAAGUUGGAGAUAUGCUAUCUGACGCUUACACAAAGGAAGCUGUUGCGAAGGUCCAGGAGAUCAAGGGCUACGAUGAAUAUCGUCAGAAGUUAGAGGGUGGUCCUCACGGUGCUAUCCACAGCGCAAUUGGUGGCGAUAUGAUUCCCAACACUUCCCCUAAUGAUCCUAUCUUCUUCCUUCACCACGCCCAGAUCUAUCGCCUCUGGUCACUCUGGCAGGAGGAGGAUCCUAAGACUCGCAGCAUGGAGUUCACUGGCUUCAAGACUCAGGACCAAUUUGACGGAACCAAACCUCCUCCUGCUUCUCUAGAUGAUACACUUCUCAUGAAGGGCUUGGCGGAUGAUUUGAAGGUCAAGGAUUUGAUGAGGACUCAGAGCUCACUUCUCUGCUAUUCUUAUUAG